UAGUUUUAGCUGAUCUUUUGGUUUCAUUUCAUAACUGAGUUUUUGAAUUUGAGUUGUAUGUAGUUAGGGUUUUAAGUGAUUGUUCCUUAAUUUUCUUUUUUUGUGAUUCUUGCUGGUUGUCGUUGAUCAAAGGUGCUUCUUUUCUUUCUUCUUUUUUUUUUUCGGUUUUUUGGCUGCGAAUUUGAGGCUUGUUCUGUAUCUGAGUUGUUUUCUUGUUGAUUUCACCUUUUGUGUCCUUGAUUUUGCUGGAAAGUCGUAAAGGUCGUUGAUUUAAGUUUUUGAAGUGCGUCUAAUUUUGAAUUUUGAGGAUCUUUUAGCUGAGUGUCUUUGAGUGAACUCUGUCCGCGUUCGGGAGGUGAUGUCGCAUGUAUAUGAAUGUGGCGGAAUUGGCGUUGAAUGUAAAAUUGGAGCUAUCAUCUACUUCAAUAUUGACUGAUAAUGGGCCCCACGAGAAAGUCUAGAAGUGUGAAUAAGCGAUAUUCUCAAGUGAACGAAGUAUCUCCUAGCAAAGAUGGAGAUGGUUCUAAAAGAAGCAAUAGUCGUAAAAGGAAGUUGUCUGACAUGCUUGGGCCUCGAUGGACCAUGGAAGAGCUAACUCGUUUUUAUGAUUCUUACCGCAAGAAUGGUAAAGAUUGGAAAAAGGUGGCCAACGCUGUGAAAAAUCGAUCUUCAGAAAUGGCAGAGGCUCUUUACACAAUGAACAGGGCGUACUUAUCUCUUCCACACGGAACUGCUUCUGCAGCGGGGUUGAUUGCUAUGAUGACUGAUCACUACUGCAAUUUGGCAGGAACUGAUAGUGACCAAGAAAGCAAUGAUGGAGUGGAAUCAUCUCAAAAGACUCAGAAGCGUGCUCGUGGCAAAGUCCAACCUCCUACCUCUAAACCAUCAGCCGAUCCAUUUGUGCCGCAUUCUCCAACCAUAACCUCAAAUUAUGGUUGUCUGUCAUUGUUAAAGAAGAAACGCUCUGGUGGAACCAGACCUCGUCCUGUUGGAAAAAGGACUCCAAGGUUCCCCGUCUCAUAUUCAUAUGAAAAUAUCAAUGGGGAAAAAUAUUUUUCUCCAACAAGGCAAGGCUUGAAACUCAAGGCCAGCACUGAUGACGAUGAAGUAGCUCAUGAAGUAGCCAUAGCUUUGGCAGAGGCAUCGCAGAGAGGUGGUUCUCCUCAGGUUUCUGGAACUCCCAGUAAAAGAGCUGAAAGUGUCAUGUCAUCACCUUUUAGGCAUGCUGAAAGAAAGAAUUCUGUAGCAGAAAUGGUCAAUGCCAAGCCCUUGGCUGCUGACACGGAUGAAGAGGAUUUGGAAGGAAGCACAGAAGCUGACACUGGCGAGUUGUCUGGGUAUAAGCCUUGCAUGACGGAAUCUGCAAGUUUCCUUACAACAAGGCAGAAGGGGACUAAAGUUGAAGGGAAGAAGAUUGAAGUUGAUAACAAUAAUCAGAGUCAUUUGGAUAACAUCAACGAAGAAUGCAGUGGAACAGAGGAAGGUCAAAGGUUAGGUGCAACAAGUGGGAAAUUUGAUGUAGAGGUUAAUAACACCAAGAAUUCGAGGUCCUUCAUGCAGAGUCAAAAAAAGAAGAGCAAAAAGGUUCUUUUCGGAAGAGAUGAAGGCCCCGCGUUUGAUGCCCUGCAAACUCUGGCUGAUCUGUCAUUGAUGAUGCCAACAGAAAAUGAAGAUGAAUCAAGAGUGCAGUUUAAAGAUGAACAUGAUGAUCAUGUCGGUGAAUCUGUACCAUUAGAAGCUCUGCCAGCAAACCAGCCAAGAGAAAAACGUAGAUCCUCGGGCGUAAGAAUGAAAGGGCAUCUUGUAUCAAGUUCUGAAGUUGCUCCCAGCAAAACAUCAAAACCUGGAAAAAGUUCAAUUUUUGAUGUUAGUUCUGUUCCUGAAGAAAACCACGAUUCUCAUCAGCCUAUCACCAAAACAACGAGAAAAAAACCAAAAAUGCAAGUAUCUAAGAUUCAAAAAUCUGAAGCUCAUCCGGAUAUUCAUCUUGGUGAAUCUCUGGGGAGUGAGGUUGGAGAUGCAGGGAAGAAAUUAACGAGCAAGAUCAAGAAAUCAGCCCGAAGCAGUUCACCAAAAUUGAUGAAAAUUUCAGAAAAUUCUUCCAGUGCUGAUCUACGGAAAGAAGGGAGCGAUUCAGCCCAAUCAGACAUACAGGUUCCUGUGGUUAACCAGGUCAAUUUACCUACUAAAGUUAGAAGCAGGCGUAAAAUGAACCUGAAAAAACCACAGAUUCAGAAAGAUUUGAAAUUUCCGGAUAAAAUCUCUGAUGACCAGAGUAAUCUGCCUUUUGGUUCACUCCAUAACACAGCAUUUAAUUUAAAGGAAAAACUGUCUAAUUGUUUGUUGAAUCAGCGUUUGAGGAGAUGGUGCACUUAUGAAUGGUUCUAUAGUGCCAUUGAUUAUCCAUGGUUUGCAAAAAGCGAGUUUGUUGAAUAUUUGUAUCAUGUUGGAUUGGGUCAUGUUCCAAGAUUAACUCGUGUGGAGUGGGGUGUCAUAAGAAGUUCUCUUGGUAAACCACGACGAUUUUCGGGGCAAUUCCUGAAGGAAGAAAAGGAGAAGCUUAAUCAGUAUCGGGAUUCCGUUAGGAAACAUUACACUGAGCUCCGUGAAGGCGUAAGGGAAGGAUUGCCGACCGACCUUGCAAGGCCUUUGUCAGUUGGACAGCGUGUCAUUGCAAUUCACCCCAAAACAAGAGAGAUUCAUGAUGGAAGCGUGCUAACUGUUGAUCACUCAAAAUGUCGGGUACAAUUUGACCGGCACGAACUAGGGGUCGAAUUUGUCAUGGAUAUUGACUGCAUGCCCUUAAAUCCUUUGGAGAAUAUGCCUGCUUUGCUUGGAAGACACACAGUGGCAGUUGAUAAAUCUUUUGAGAAUUUCAAUGAACUACAAAUACAUGGACGAGCAAAAGAGCACAUCAAGCUUUCCCCUGGUGACAAUCUGGAUAGCAUUGAUGGUAUUUCUCAGUUGCCUCCAUUAGCUAAUCCUGCCAUUUUGUUGGACCAGACAAAGGUUGCUUCUGCAAAUACCAAUGUGCAGACAAGGAUUGGACCUGCUGAUGCUGCAACUUACCAGCAGAUGGCAUAUUCUCAGCCUAGUACACUAGCUCAUGUCCAGGCAAAGGAAGCUGAUGUUCAAGCUCUUGCUGAGCUGACUCGUGCUCUUGAUAAAAAGGAAGCUAUUGUUCUUGAGUUGAGGCGCAUGAAUGAUGAUGUGUUAGAAAAUCAGAAGGAUGGUAAUAGCUUUUUGAAAGAGUCAGAGCCAUUUAAAAAGCAGUAUGCUGCAGUACUUAUACAAUUGAAUGAUGCCAAUGAGCAGGUUUCUUCAGCUUUACAUUGCCUGAGAGAACGGAACACAUAUCAAGGUAAAUGUCCACUUACAUGGCCGGGGCCGGUGAGCAAUCAUGCUGAUGCUGGUGGCACAUUGAACUCCUCUGAUCGUUCUGCAUAUCAAACUCAAGAAUCAGGAUCAAAUGUGAAUGAAAUCAUGGAUAGCUCAAGAACUAAAGCCCGAAAAAUGGUGGAUGUAGCUAUGCAGGCAAUAUCAUCACUGAAGAGUCGGGAGGAUACCAUCGAGAAAAUUGAGGAAGCUAUUGAUUAUGUAAAUGACCGGCUUCCCUCGGACGAUUCUUGCAUGCCAGUGGCAUCCGAUCCUAAAUUAAUGAAUUCAUCCGAUAUCUACACUCAAAUUCCUUCAGAGCUGAUUGGAAAAUGCGUAGCGACUUUGCUCAUGAUUCAGAAGUGUACAGAAAGGCAGUUCCCUCCAUCAGAUAUUGCAGAGAUACUAGAUUCUGCUGUAACAAGUUUACAGCCACACAGUUCUCAAAACCUUCCUGUUUAUACAGAAAUACAGAAGUGCGUGGGCAUCAUCAAGAACCAAAUAUUGGCACUAAUACCGACUUAGUCAAAUAACCUGUGAUGGAUGGAGGUUCUCUAUGUAUCUGCCUUAUAGAUAGUUAAGUUGGGCUUCAUUCAGCUCUAAAGCUAGACCCUUUUCCCUUGGCUUCAUAGGUCAAAUGGAUUAGCACUUCUACAACUUAUUUCUGUCAGUUCUUACUACUAACUCUUAUCCGGUAAAUGAGCGUAGAAGGUUGACAUAAACAUUAGUGUCAUUGCUCAUUAAUUCUGUUUAGUAGUGGCUUUGAUUGAAUAGCUUGUAUUUUACAUUGAGUAGGGGAUUGUCUUAGCAAAGUUGUAAAUUAAUUGGAGAAACAGUUGAAAGAGCAAUAAAUUAAUGAUAUUUGCCUGGUUUUCCAGCUCUGUAAUUAUCAGGCCCUAGAUAACAACCAUUGGGUCACAUUAGAAUAUAUAGGAUGAACAAGAAUUAUAAAGACUUAAGAUAACCCAAAGGUGUGGCCUAAUCGGUUCAGAACAUUCCAGAAUUUUUCAGUAUUGCUGUAACACUUUGCAACUUGGAACAAUUGAAGUGUCACUGAAUGUAAGCAUGGCUAAAGUGGGCUUUGUGCUUCAAGCUUAAAAGGACUGGACAACAGUGAAAAACAACGUUUAUAUUCAUCUAUUCUAACAAACUUAGUUCGUGCUUUCUUUUUCAGAUUGUAAUCCAGAAAGUAAAGAAAAAGGCAUUUUUUUUGGAGCUAAUGGGUCUCACAAUCCAAGAUCCUAAGUUCCAUGUUUAACAGAUUCAGCUUCCCGUGCAUCUGCCGAUAACACUCCAAACUUCGAUGUAGAUCAUAGUUUCAGCUUCUUUUUCGGUCUUUU